ACGAGCUUGGAAAAAAUAUCCAUAGGUACCCAGCAACCCAGCCACAGAAACUCAAAGUCCGUGGCCACGGAGUUCCUAGCUAAUCCCCACUCUUACCAUAGCCAAUCUCAUCUUCUACCUAGCAUCUCUCUCUCUCUCUCUCUCUCUCUCUCGCCUUAAGUGAUACAGGUCAGUACAAGCCACCUCGUAUAUCUCCAUGUAAUUUCGCUCUCACAAGCAAUUCAGCAGUCAUAAAAAAUGCACAGACCAGUUCAUUUCUAAUUUCUAGGAUCUACUUGCUUAUGUUCUUUCAUUUUUUUUAUAUGUUAAUAAUCUCUUCAUGGCUGUGGUAAUCCUCUGCUCUUCAAGUAUUUUCUGUACGGGUAUCGCUUAUGCUUGUGCUUUUACUGAUAGUAAGAUAUAUGGUUUAAGCCACAAUGGGUCAGUAGGAGGUAGAAGUAGUAGACAUUUGAAGGCUUUGCCUAGUGGCUCUACGGUGAACUGGAAGAAGCAUAGGAGAAAGCUUGUGGGUUUUUGUGGGUUUGUGAUGAAGAGUCCAGAUGGGGUGGUGGUGGCUAAGGGGAAGCCCAACAAAGCAGUGUCUUCUGAGGAAUUUAUUGGGGUUUUAAAAUCGAUUUCGGACCCAAAAUGUGCUUUUUCCUACUUUAACUAUGUUGCCCAGCUGCCUAGUGUUGUGCACACCACUGAAACGUGCAAUUUCAUGCUUGAGGUUUUGAGGAUUCAUAGGAGGGUAGGGGAUAUGGCUCUUGUGUUUGAUUUGAUGCAAAAGCAAAUCAUUAACAGGAACAUGAAGACCUAUUUGACUAUUUUUAAAGGCCUUUACAUAAGAGGGGGAAUUCGGCAAGCACCAAGUGCACUUGUAAAGAUGCGAAAAGCUGGGUUUGUUUUGAAUGCAUAUUCAUAUAAUGGGUUGAUCCAUUUGCUCCUUCAAUCUGGGUUUUGUAGGGAGGCUUUGGAGGUUUAUAGAGGUAUGGUUUCCGAAGGGAUUAAGCCCAGCCUAAAGACUUACUCGGCGCUUAUGGUGGCAUUGGGGAAGAGAAGGGAUACUGAAACUGUAAUGGAUUUAUUGAAAGAGAUGGAAACUUUGGGGUUGAGGCCUAAUAUAUACACGUUCACUAUAUGCAUUAGGGCACUUGGGAGAGCUGGGAAAAUUGAUGAAGCAAAUGCAAUUCUGAAGAGAAUGGAGGAUGAGGGAUGUGGGCCUGAUGUUAUUACUUAUACGGUUAUCAUAGAUGCUCUUUGUAAUGCAGGGAAACUUGAUAAUGCGAAAGAAUUAUUUGCAAAGAUGAAAGCUUCCAGUCAUAAACCUGAUCGUGUAACCUACAUUACUUUGCUGGACAAGCUUAGUGACUGUGGAGACUUGGAUACAUUGAAAGAAAUUUGGAGUGAAAUGGAAGUUGAUGGUUAUGCUCCUGAUGUGGUUACUUUUACCAUUCUUGUUAAUGCCUUAUGCAAAGCUGGGAAUUUCGACGAGGCAUUUGGCAUGUUGGAUGUUAUGGAUAAGCAAGGGAUCUCACCAAAUCUUCACACAUACAAUGUAUUGAUUUGUGGACUUUUGAGGGUAAGUAGGUUGGAUGAAGCGUUGAAACUUUUCAAUGAUAUGGGAGCUCUGGGUGUUGAACCUACUGCUUUUACAUAUAUCCUAUUCAUUGACUACUACGGAAAGUCUGGCAAUCCCAGCGAAGCUCUUCAGAUGUUUAAGCAAAUGAAAAUUAGAGGAAUUGUUCCUAAUCUUGUUGCCUGUAACACAUCUUUGUAUAGCCUUGCUGAAAUGGGUAGGCUUGAAGAGGCGAAAGAUAUUUUUAAUGGGCUUAAAAUUAGUGGGCUUGUUCCAGAUUCAAUAACUUACAACAUGAUGAUGAAGUGCUACAGUAAGGUGGGUCAAGUAGAUGAAGCCAUUAAAUUACUAUUUGAUAUGAUGGAAAAUGGGUGUGAACCUGAUGUUAUUAUAAUUAAUUCUUUGAUCGACACACUUUACAAGGCUAAUCGAGUAGAUGAAGCGUGGCAAAUGUUUUGCAGAAUGAAGGACAUGAAGCUUGCUCCUACAGUCGUGACCUACAACACAAUACUAUCUGGACUAGGGAAGAACGGUCAAGUCGAGAAAGCUAUUGAGUUGUUUGAGAGCAUGACUGUGCUGGGGUGUCCUCCAAAUACGGUAACUUUCAACACACUCAUGGACUGUCUUUGCAAGAACGAAGAGGUUCAUUUGGCCUUGAAAACACUUUCUAAAAUGACGACAACUAAUUGUCGUCCUGACGUUUUGACUUACAACACUAUAAUUGAUGGAUUAGUUAAAGAAAACAGAGUUGGUGAUGCGUUCUGGUUCUUCCAUCAGAUGAAGAAAUUGUUGUAUCCAGAUCGUGUGACCUUGUGCACCCUCCUUCCUGGUGUUGUAAAGGAUGGUCGGAUCGAAGAUGCUUUAAAGAUUGCCGAGGACUUUGUAUGUCGAGUUGGGGUUAAAAUAGAUGGGCCUUUUUGGGGAGAUUUAGUGGGAGGGAUUUUGACUGAAGCCAAAAUAGAUGCAGCCACAUUAUUUGCUGAAAGACUGGUGUGCAAUGGGAUUUGUCAAGAUGGGUCAGUAUUGAUACCUUUGAUUGUCUUUUUGUGUGAGCGUAAGAAAGCUCUUGAUGCACAUAAUUUAUUUGUGAAGUUCAUGAAAAAUCUGGGAAUUAAUCCAACACUAGAAGUAUAUAAUUGCUUGAUUGAUGGGCUUCUUGAAAUCCAGAGUACUGGAAAAGCCUGGGAUCUUUUUAAGGAGAUGAAGACAAUUGGUUGUGCCCCAGAUGUUUUCACAUACAAUUUGUUUCUUGAUGCCCAUGGGAAAGCUGGGAAGACCAAUGAACUUCUUGGCCUUUACAAAGAGAUGCAUUGCUUGGGUUGCGAGCCUAACACCAUAACUCAUAAUAUAGUGAUUUCUGGUCUUGUAAAAACAGGUUGUUUAGAAAAGGCUAUGGAUUUAUACUAUGAUCUCAUAAGUGGUGAUUUUUCUCCCACACCUUGUACAUAUGGCCCUCUCCUAGACGGACUUUUGAAGUCAGGAAGACUGGAGGAAGCAAUGCAGUUCUUUGAAGAGAUGCUCAGCUAUGGAUGCAAGCCCAACUGUGCUAUUUACAAUAUUCUCAUUAAUGGUUUUGGGAAAGCUGGUGACCUGGAAACUGCUUGCGAGUUGUUUAAGAGGAUGGUCAAAGAAGGAAUAAGACCGGACUUGAAGUCUUACACCAUUCUCGUGGAUAGCUUGUGCCUGGCAGGGAGAGUUGACGAAGCUUUGCAUUACUUUGAGGAACUUAAGGUGACCGGCAUUGAUCCUGACCUGGUCUCUUACAAUCUUAUCAUUAGUGGACUUGGAAGAUCACGGAGAGUAGAAGAAGCUCUCUCUCUUUUCAAUGAAAUGCGGCAUAAAGGCAUUACUCCUGAUCUUUACACUUACAAUUCAUUAAUCCUCAAUCUUGGGAUUGUUGGAAUGGUGGAGCAAGCUGGGAAGAUGUAUGAAGAACUACAGCUUUUAGGUCUUGAGCCCGAUGUGUUCACCUAUAAUGCCCUCAUUAGAGGAUAUAGUACGUCAGGAACUCCAGACCAUGCUUACACAGUCUACAAAAAGAUGAUGGCAGGUGGUUGCAGCCCCAACAUGGGAACAAUUGCGCAGCUUCCUAAUCAGUCCUGACUUCAUUGUGCUCGGAAUUAUACAUGCCUGCAGUUCACAGUUCUUGAGGUAUGCAAGUAGAUGGAUGUGGGGUGUGAUCAUCCAUGUUCAAAUUGAAUGGUAUGGGAAUCACAUCAUUCGUAUCGACGCUAAUGUAUAUAAAGGUACCGCCGUGUAUCAGCAUAGUAGGACGGAAGUGGGAUGAGAACAUAGUAUAGUAUAUAGCAUAACUCACUUCAUUUUAUGUAAUACAAUUAUUUAAAGUGUAAAUGCUA